GGAUCAAUCGUGGCUGCAGUACGCCGUUCAAGUAGAAAAUUCUCGUAUUAGUCAGCCGCGGCUGGGACGCGUUGCAAGCUUGCGACGGAAUUCUUCAGCCACGAUAUCCUUAAGGCUUACGAAUAUGCUGGAAUUCUACCCGUCGAUCCCAGGGCCAAACAACCACCCUGGAGAACCAGGUCAACCGUUGCUACCGACACCACCAAUGUCUUUCCCUCCAGGAAUGAACAACAAUAACUCUGAGCCACCGGUGUCGGUGAAGACGGAGGCCGGACUUCUAGAGGCGAUUUGCGCAGCUUGCGGUCGAGGCAUUGCGGACAGAUACGUAAUGCGAGUAGGAGAGAAGAGUUACCACGAGGAUUGCCUCUCUUGCGCUGCAUGCUCAUCUCCCUUGGUUCACACCUGUUUCACCCGGGAUCACAAGCUCUACUGCAGGGUGGACUACGAGCGUAUAUUCGCGGUGAAGUGCAGCCGGUGCAUGGAAAAGAUUCGAUGUUCGGAUCUCGUGAUGCGGGUGUCCGGCCUCUUUUUUCACGUCGAAUGUUUCGCCUGCUGCAUGUGCGGACAGAGCCUUCCUCGAGGGGCUCAUUUCAUCCUGAGACAGGGGCAGCCCAUAUGCAGAAGAGACUUCGAGCACGAGCGUUACGUUCAUAGUCCUCAAGACGACGACCUCCUGGACGAAAGUCGCCCUCGGGACGGGCGUCGCGGUCCCAAAAGACCCCGCACAAUAUUGACUUCCGCUCAAAGACGCCAGUUCAAAGCGUCCUUCGAGGUGUCGCCUAAGCCUUGCAGAAAAGUGCGCGAGGCCCUCGCCAAAGACACUGGUCUCAGCGUUCGGGUGGUGCAAGUCUGGUUCCAAAAUCAGAGGGCGAAGAUGAAGAAACUUCAGAGAAAAGCGAAGGCGGAACCAGGCGCUGAAAAAGAGCCGAAGGAGGAACGUGCCGGGGAAAGUCCUCACAGCGAUCACAGUCAUUACUUGAACGCGCUGAGCAUGCGCGACGGGGAUUCCUCCAGCUUCCCUUCGGCCACGCAGCCGCUCAACCCCAACAACCCUUACUCACCCGACGACACAUACGCGGGACAUUCCGGCGAGAGUUUCUGCAGCAGUGACCUUUCUCUGGACGGUACCGAGGCCGGGUUCGACAUCGGGGAUGGGGACAAUGGGGGCCCAGAUGGAAGUCAUCCUGGGGGGCCUCAUUCCCAUCACGGACCACCCCCGCACGAAGCGCCGACACUUUCCCAGAGCCUACACGCCGCGAUGCAUAAUCCGAUAGACAAACUCUUCAUGAUGCAGAGCAGUUAUUUUAGCGGCGAACACGCGUAGGGGUUUGAGCCUUGGAGACUGAGGCUUGAUCAAGCUUAAACUGAAACUUACGCAUAAUGAAAUUUACUCGACGGUUAUUUUUCAAACGAAACGAACAAAGUACGCGCAUGUAUGUAGAUGUACCUUUUACGAGUAGAGAUUCAACAACCUGCUGUGUAAUAUUCUUCUAGUCAGGUUUUCUUCGAGGAUCCGUAGAAUUGGUAAAACUAUUAUUGCUGUCGUUCGAGUGGUUGAUUUCUAAACUUCUUUCUCAGACACUGAUUACUUCGGUAGACCAACACUGUGAUUACUUGUGUUUAUUUAAAUUUAUUUAAAAAA